CGCCGCCGCCACUGCCACCCGCCGCGCCUUCACCUCCGGUGCGGCUCUCCCCUCGAUGGCCAUGCGCCUGAAGCACCAGCUCCCGGAGCUGGCCUACGGCUACGACGACCUGGAGCCGCACCUGUGCGGGGAGAUCAUGCGCAUCCACCACCAGAAGCACCACCAGACCUACGUCAACAACCUGAACGCCGCCGAGGAGAAGCUUGCCGCGGCCCAGGCCUCCGGCGACGUGGCCGGGCAGAUUGCCCUGCAGGGCGCCCUGAAGUUCAACGGCGGCGGCCACGUCAACCACUCCAUCUUCUGGACCAACCUUGCCCCGACCUCCAACGGCGGUGGUGUCCUGCCGGCCGAGGGCAGCGACCUGGCCAAGCGCAUCGCCAAGGACUUUGGCUCGCAUGAGAAGCUUGUGGCCGACCUGUCGGCCGCGGCCGCCGGUGUCCAGGGCUCCGGCUGGGCCUGGCUCGGCUACUGCCCCACCAAGGACCGUCUCUCCAUCAUGUCCAUGCCCAACCAGGACCCGCUUUCUGUCACCGGCCUCGUUCCCCUGCUCGGUAUCGAUGUUUGGGAGCACGCCUACUACCUGCAGUACAAGAACGUCCGCCCGGACUACAUCAAGGCCAUCUUCAACGUGGUCAACUGGGACAAUGUGGCCGAGCGUCUGGCCGCUGCCACUGGCGGUAAGAAGUAAGGCCCCCCCCCUCCCCCCCCCUGCCCUUCCCCCUGGCCGUGCUCUGAUGUCGGUGCCCGUGCACACAUCCACACGCACGCAUACACACACCUCAUCAUAGGCAACGUUUCUCCCCCACGUGUAUGCCGCGCGCCCCCCUCCCCCCCCUCCGUGCUCCUCCCCAGAACCCGAUCCGACGCCGCGCCAUCGAGGCACUUUUGUGCGCGCACCCCCGCGCCAAUAAAAAGAAAACGUGCUUCGUGCA